AAAAAUAUACAGAAGUUUGAAAAGAAAAAAGAAAAAUGGCGGCAGCAAUCGGAUGGUAUGGACCUUUAAUUGAUCUCUGCAAAGCAUCUUCUAAUGUCGGAGGCUAUGUACAAAUCCUAGUUUACGUUCACAAAUCGACUCCUAUUCAGUAUAAAAUUUUGAGAAAUGGAGGAGAGGUAGUGAGGACGGACAUUUUGGUGGGUGACGACACGCGAGCAUAUUUUCCGGUAACUAUUUGGCAAAAGCAGACGGGAUCCAAAAUUGUCGCAGGACAUGUCAUUUUGCUCCAAAAAUUUCUCUUUACGAGAUUCUCUUACUGGGACGAGUUUGAAUUACUUUUCUUAGACGUCAGAAUUGCAAGAUUUGGAGACGCUUUUGAGGCCAGAACUUUACCGUGUUCAUCUUUGCAAUGUCUACUCAACCCAAGUGAUAUACUUGCUUCUAAAGGUAUAGAUCAGUUAAUAGAGGAAUGUAGUGCUGGGAUAGCUACGAAGGAUAAACUUAGAAAAGUCCUGGAAUGGGUGCGAAGAACUGGACUUAUACAUGGCUCCGGUGAAUUAAACUACCAUCAUAACAGGAGACACCAAGAAGUAAAUUGGAAAGUACAUGAAGAGACACAUUCUCAGGACUGUAUCUCUCUGUUAGAUUUAUGUGAGCUUUCCAACUCUUGUAAGGCAACUUUUCAUGCAUCUGUGGGUGAAAUAUUUCUGCCAAUCACCUGGAGGAGUCUUCAUGAAUCUGAAGCUGAAAGGAUGUUUAUCAGUAGGAGACUGAAUCUGCUGGGUGAAAAAUUUUUGGUUGAUGACCUCAUUUCUAUUGGCUGCCAGUUAUGUGGUACUCCUUUGAAUACCGAACUUGAGUCAAGCUCAGAUCAGAAUGUCCUUCCUCUCUAUUGUCAGAAAAGCUCUAAUCGCCUCCAUGUAGUAAACACCAUAUAUAGACCCUUCAUGUUAUAUGUGUGGGAUGACUCUCAAUAUAUUCCACUUCUUGUCACAAAUGAGGCUGCUGAAGUUUUGUUUGGAAACAUCCAGGCUUCGAAAGUUCAUUCUUGCUAUAAAAGCCAAAAUCAGAGACCAAGUCUUGCUCAAAAUGGCAUCGUGUGCACAGGGAGUCGUUCUUGUGAAGGUAUCCAACGGGCAGCCAAAGAAGAGCUUGCUAAUCCUCCUCCAUCGGGUACUGCUGAGAACAUCAGAUCAAAAGAAAAACAGCAACUUGAUGAAAAAACAAAUUUCUAUAUGAUCUGGUUGAUUUUUUUGAAAAUGUUAUUGCAACCAGGAAAGAACAGUCCCUUGAAAUUCAAAGUUAAAGUUGACACAAGUAGAGAGUGGGAAAGUGGGAGAUUUGAGAUGGUAUCUGUCUCAAUGCCUGCCCGUUAAACCAAGACUGCAUCAUAGCUAUAUGAACUUUGUUAGAUAUAUAGGAAAAUUUCCAAUGUUUUUUCUGAUUAUGCCAGAUUAUUUUUCUUAUUAGUUGUUAUUAUUUAUAAUUAUAUAAAUAGCAGCAUUUCCUUUGUCA